AUGCCCGAAAAAGCCCUUAGGGUUCUUCAUCAUGGCUCAAAUCUGAUAUGUGAUGCGAUGGCGGUCCAUUGCCUCCUUAUUUUGAAUAGAUUGGACCUUGCCGGAAACAUUGUUCGUAAAAUGCAAAAUAAGAACGAAGACUCCUUGGCAUACCAGCUGGCUUUCGCUGAAUUCUGUUUAGCUCAGGGCGGUGACAAGUUAAACGAGGCCCUCAACAUUUACCAGGAACUGCAGGAAAAGUACAAGCCUUCCGCACUUCUGCUUAAUGGUCAAGCUGUUGCCUUGAUUUCCAUGGGCAAAUAUGCAGAGGCUGAGCCCCUCCUUCGCCAGGCUCUUGAUCUUGAUCCGAAUCACAGCGAAUCUCUUUUGAACAUGCUUGCUGUUUCUGUACACACGGGGAAACCGGCAGAGGUCGUAAAUAGAUACAUAUCUCAAGUACGGGAUUGUGACAAAGUUCAUCCCUUCCUUGCUUCCUUGGACAGAAUGGAUAAUGUUUUCGGCGAGGUCUCUCAGUCUUUUGCUCCGGUUACAAUGAGGUAA